GGUACACCGGGAGAUUCGCUGAAUCUGUGCCGCCGCCGAAACAAAGGUGACACUGGUGACCCGCAGCUUCGUGGGCUUGUCGCGUAACCGGGAGGAGUUUCACAUCUGUGGAAGUGUGUACGCGGCGUGGCAUCGGUGCUGUUUUGGUUAAAAGAAGUGCCUUAAAUUAACUGCCAGGACACUCAGACUAAAGUGCAAGCAGAGCCUGUAAGCAAAAGAACUCUCUCUGAAAAUGGCGGAAGCUCAUCAGGCAGUAGCUUUUCAAUUUACCGUAACUCCAGAUGGGAUUGACCUGCGUAUGAGCCAUGAGGCACUCAAACAGAUUUACCUAUCUGGUGUCUAUUCGUGGAAGAAGAAGUUCAUCAGGUUCAAGAAUGGAAUUAUCACCGGCGUUUAUCCUGCUAGCCCAUCUAGCUGGCUUAUUGUAGUUGUGGGUGUGAUGUCAACCAUGUAUGCCAAAAUUGAUCCUUCAUUAGGAAUAAUAGCCAGGAUCAACCGAACACUUGAUACAACUGGCUAUAUGUCAAACCAAACACAGAAUAUUGUGAGUGGAGUACUUUUUGGCACAGGGCUUUGGGUUGCCCUUAUCGUCACAAUGCGCUACUCCCUGAAAAUGCUGCUCUCCUACCAUGGUUGGAUGUUCUCUGAACAUGGCAAACUUUCUGCUGGCACCAAGUUUUGGAUGGCCCUUGUAAAACUUUUCUCAGGGCGUAAGCCCAUGUUAUACAGUUUCCAGACAUCUUUACCACGAUUGCCAGUUCCAGCUGUUAAAGACACAGUUAACAGGUAUCUGGAGUCAGUUCGACCACUUAUGGAUGAUGAACAGUUCAAAAGAAUGGAGGGUCUUGCCAAAGAUUUUGCAUUUAAUUUGGGGCCAAGGCUUCAGUGGUAUUUGAAGCUAAAAUCCUGGUGGGCCACUAAUUAUGUUAGUGAUUGGUGGGAAGAAUAUAUCUACCUUAGAGGACGUGGACCAAUCAUGGUUAACAGUAACUAUUUUGCAAUGGACUUCCUUUCUUUAUGUCCCACAACCCUGCAGGCAGCUAGAGCUGGUAAUGUUAUCCAUGCCAUCCUGCUCUAUCGGAAAAAACUGGACAGACAAGAAAUCAAGCCAAUUCUUCUGAUGGGAUCUACUGUUCCACUCUGCUCAGCUCAGUGGGAAAGGAUGUUUAAUACUUCCCGUAUCCCAGGAGAGGAAUCAGAUACCCUCCAGCAUGUGAAAGACAGCAAACACAUUGUUGUGUAUCACAAGGGCCGUUACUUCAAAGUGUGGCUGUACCAUGAUGGCAGAUUGUUGAGACCCCGAGAAAUUGAACAGCAAAUACAGAGAAUUCUUGAUGAUGAUUCAGAACCUCAGCCUGGUGAAGAGAAGCUUGCGGCUCUUACUGCAGGAGACAGAGUACCAUGGGCUAAGGCUCGUCAGGCUUAUUUUAGCCAUGGAAAGAACAAACAGUCCUUAGAUGCUGUUGAGAAAGCAGCGUUUUUUGUGACAUUGGACGACGUCGAGCAGGGGUACAAGACAGAAGACCCAGUGAGGUCACUGGAUGCAUAUGCAAAAUCAUUGAUACAUGGCAGAUGUUACGACAGGUGGUUUGAUAAGACAUUCACUCUUAUAAUAUUCAGAAAUGGCAAAAUGGGUCUGAAUGCAGAGCACUCCUGGGCAGAUGCUCCUAUUGUUGGACACCUGUGGGAGAAUGUGAUGGCAACUGAGUAUCUUGAACUGGGCUAUUCAGCAGAUGGACAUUGCAAAGGAGAUACCAACCCAAAUAUUCCUAUUCCUACCAAACUUCAAUGGGAAAUUCCAGAAGAAUGCCAAGAAGUGAUUGAGAAGUCUCUGAGCACUGCUGUCGCUCUAGCAGAUGAUGUGGACUUUCAUUCAUUUUAUUUUGAUACUUUUGGGAAAGGACUAAUAAAGAAAGUGAAGACCAGCCCUGACGCCUUUGUGCAGCUCGCGCUGCAGCUUGCUCACUAUCGGGAUAUGGGAAAGUUUUCUUUAACAUACGAAGCGUCCAUGACACGCUUGUUCCGAGAAGGCAGGACCGAAACGGUUCGUUCGUGCACUGUUGAGUCCUGUCGUUUUGUUCAAGCCAUGGAAGACCCAACAGAAAGUACUGAAAAUACACUGAAGUUCUUUCGGCAGGCAGCUGACAAACAUCAGCACUUGUAUCGCCUUGCCAUGACUGGGGCUGGCAUUGACCGCCACCUCUUCUGCCUUUAUGUCGUGUCCAAGUACCUCGCUGUAGAUUCUCCUUUCCUCAAGGAAGUUUUGUCAGAACCUUGGAGGCUGUCAACAAGUCAGACACCACAGCAGUACAUUGAUCUGAAGAAGAACCCGGAAAUGUUAGCCUCUGGUGGAGGGUUUGGGCCGGUGGCUGAUGAUGGUUAUGGUGUUUCUUACAUAAUCUUGGGUGAAAAUUUCAUUCAUUUCCAUAUCUCCAGCAAAAUAUCUUGUUCUGAGACGGAUUCUCAUCGUUUUGGAAAGAACAUCCAGAAAGCAAUGGUUGACAUCAUGGGUUUAUUUAACCUUAGUAAAAACUGUACAAAGUGAUCUGCUUUCUUGGUGCCAAGCAAACUCCUCGUGGUGGGAUGAGAACUCUUCUGCACAGGGAACAAGAGCAAGGUUUGUCGAAGAGUAGCUGGAGAAGAAACUGAGUCAUCACCUUCUUGAUCACCUAUUAAAGCCUUAGCAGUAUAUUAAAUGUGUCUUUUUUUGUUGUGGUUUUUGGAGGUUUUUUUUGUCAGUAGUAUGGAAGAGCUUAUUUCUACAAAGGAUGACUUUUAAAAUUUUCUGUGUUUCUAGGGAGGAAGCAUAGUAUCAUUGCAUGAAGUCAUGUAUAUUCUAACUUCUGCAGUUUUCUCUUAAUUUGCAUACACUUUCUCUCUCUCUUUUUUUUUUUUUUACUUUAAAUUAAUUUACUUGUUUCCAGAAUCAAAGGGAUAAAACACACCGGCUUAAAUACUAGAAAAAGUUAGAUUUGCUAUGUAUUAAUAGCAGAAUAUUCUUCAAUGUAUCUGCUGCUUUAUGUAAAUGAGUGACAAACUUGUGGCCAUUUGCCUUCCUUGGUUUCUUUUUAGAGGUAAAUUGUGUAAAAUAUACCAAAAGAUCCCUGCUGUAACCUACCUUAACACACUAAGUUGUAGAAAUUUUAUGGUUUUUGCAAAGAAGGAAAAAAAAAAAAGAAACCCAACCACUGGAUAG